UAUAUGUCAUUUGGUGAGAGCAUAAGCAUUCAAAAGCUCAAAAAAACACUUAGUGAAAUCAAAAUGCCUGUGAGAAUCCCUCGUAUAAUACCCAAGCCGGAUCAAAAGUCCUACCCUGAGAGUGAAAAUGCCAUAAUGAAGAAAAUAAUGGAUUCGUUAAAAGAAGCAGACGCAAACAAUGACGGUCGUUUCAACAAGGAUGAACUCAAGCAUGCCCUCAAAGACUUAGGUGCCUACUUCCCUGUUUGGAGAACAGACCGUGCUUUUGAUAGAGUCGAUGUCAACAAAGACGGUCAUAUCAGCGGCGAUGAAAUCGAUUCUCUCCUCGAAUAUCUUCGCUCUCGCGGCUAUGGAAAAUAAGUCAUCUAUUUCAUCCAAUAACCAACCACCCCAUAUAUAUAUAUUCUUAAUUGUAUGCGUGGUGAUAUUAAUGUGUGUUCUGCAAAAUAUAGUUUGUGAAAUAACAUCCAUGUCUUCACAACUAAGGUUGAAGAUGGAUUCAUGAUUUAUAGCUAUAACUUUGUUUUUCAAGUUUCUAAAUCAGAGUUUCUUCCUCAAAUAAUCAUGUUACUGAGUUGUUUGGAUGGAUCACAGUUUCUUGGUAUAAAGAAACCAAUACUGAGUGAGCCAGAUACACUAUAUAUGCAUGAAGUCUUGUAAUAUAUGUGUGUGGAAGUUUUUUUUUUUUUUUUCCUUC